GAAAAUCAGGUAAUGGCAUUGAAAGAGAAAAGAAUUGCAGCUGAAUUUCUUUCCUCGACGCAAACUUCACAUGUUAGAAAUAAAAUUCACGAGGACUUGGAUUCAGGGAAACCAUCCAUUAGGCUCCUGUAUGUGACUCCAGAACUGAUUGCAACAUCAGGAUUUAUGUCAAAGCUUAGAAAAAUUCAUGCUAGAGGGCUCUUGAAUCUCAUAGCAAUUGAUGAGGCGCAUUGCAUCUCUACAUGGGGCCAUGAUUUCAGGCCUAGCUAUCGUAAGCUUUCAACUUUGAGGAGUCACCUUCCUGAUGUCCCGGUAUUAGCUUUGACAGCCACAGCUGUUCCAAAAGUCCAGAGGGAUGUGAUAGAGUCAUUAUGUCUGCAUGACCCUUUGAUUCUCAAGUCUUCCUUUAAUCGUCCAAAUAUAUAUUAUGAAGUUAGAUAUAAAGAUCUUUUGGAUGAUGCCUAUGCUGACUUGUCCUCUGAGCUCAAAUCUAGUGGGGACAUCUGUGCUAUUAUUUAUUGCCUUGAGAGAACAACUUGUGAUAACCUGUCUGCUCAUCUUUCCAAAAAUGGCAUUUCUUGUGCUGCUUAUCAUGCAGGAUUGAACAAUAAACUGCGGAGUUCUGUUUUAGAUGACUGGAUUUCUUCUAAAAUACAAGUUGUUGUUGCUACUGUGGCUUUUGGGAUGGGUAUUGAUAGAAAGAAUGUCAGACUGGUUAGCCAUUUUAAUAUUCCAAAGUCAAUGGAAUCCUUCUAUCAAGAAUCAGGCAGAGCUGGACGUGAUCAGUUGCCCUGUAGAAGUUUGUUAUACUAUGGAGUUGAUGAUCGGAAAAGAAUGGAAUUUAUACUAAGUAGUGCUGGGAGCAAAAAGUCAGAGUCAACUAGCUCAGACGAGAGACUGUCAAAAAAAUCUCUUUCCGACUUCAAGCAGAUGGUCGAGUAUUGUGAGGGUUCUGGAUGCCGUAGGAAAAAGAUUCUCGAUAGUUUCGGUGAACAGGUGCUUGCAUCACUGUGUAAUAAAACUUGUGAUGCUUGUAAACACCCAAACCUAGUUGCCAAGUAUUUAGAGGAGCUCACAUCAACUUGUGAUGCUCGUCAGAGAAAUGGGUUUUCUCGAAUUUUUAUGAGCAGUUCCACAGAUAAGAAUGACGAGGGACAACUUUCUGAAUUUUGGAAUCGUGACGAUGAAUUGAGCAAUUCUGAAGAAGAUAUUUCUGAUUCUGAUGAUGGUAAUGAGGCUGUCAAGAGCCUAGCCAGAUCAAAGUUAUCAAGAAAUUCUGGAGUUAAUGAAAGGAUCGAGUUCUUACAGCGGGCUGAAGAUAAUUUUUAUCGGAAUACCAAUUCUGAUAAACAGGUCAAUAAAGUUGACAAGAAUGCAGUAUCUGAAACACUCAGGGAGUCGAGCAAACAAAGAUUAUUUAAUGCUCUCAAGCAGGCUCAGCAACGACUUGGUGAUUUGAGCAUUGAGCUUGAAGCAUCAGCCUCCUUUCUGGAGAAUGAAUGCUACAAGAAGUAUGGGAAGAGUGGGAAAACAUUUUAUUAUUCUCAAGUGGCAAGUACUGUGAGAUGGAUAUCAGCAACAAAUUCCACCGACAUAACAAAUAGACUUGGCACCCCUGCAUAUCCCCCUCCCCCAGCUGAGAACACGGUAGCCAAGGACGAAUAUCAUGAGACACCAUUGUCUCCCUUGGAGCUGAAUACUGAUGUAGAGCAGCAGAGCAAUGCUGUAUCAUCAGAAACUAUGACUGCUUCCCCAUCUCAGAGCGCCAUGAGUCCAAAGCUACCAGCCAUUCCAUCAUUCUCGGAGUUUGUGAACAGGAAAAAGGCCAGAGAUGAUAAUUCAUGUGGGUUGCAAAAUCAGUCACCUAAGAGAUUAAAGAAGAGCUCAGGAAAAGAGUGAGUUACAGUAAUCGAAGGUAAGGAGUUUUUCUCUGUCUUUAGUUGCAGAUCAUACCAUAGCUAUGUGGAAGUAGCUGACCACGUCAUUGGACACUCUAGAGUAUAGCUAAAUGUCUCUGUAAUGCCAUGAACAUCCUGGUUCUGAGAAAACCCAAUGGAGUCAGCUUGUAGGCUCAAAGAUAAUUAAAAUCUAGAAAAAAUACAUUAAGUAGCGUCUGUAGCACUUUGCUUUUGGAACUAAACUUAGCUUUCUUAACUGGCAUUGCGGCACUGGAUAUAUAAUUAAUUACUUUUCAGGUGAGAUUGUAAUCUCAUCUGGCUUUUACUAUUCA